AUGCGCCUUUUUAAUCCCGUCGACUCCUUCGACGCGCCCUUCACCAUCAACCGUCGCCAGUCCAGCGAUUGUGGCGGCGGCGGCGUGGGAGCUGGAGAGUGCUUAGCUGGCUCAAGAUGCAAAGGAUUGGUCUACGCCAACCAAUGUCAGGAUACACCCGGCGAUGAGUGCUGUCUCAACCGCGAGUGCAAUUCAAACCGCGGGAGCGGAUGGUGCAAGAAUACCGAUAACCAGACUUGCGCCGGCGAGUGGGUUCCCGGGACCCCGGACCACUACCCCUGCCCAGGUCCAAACUACGUCGUCUGCUGCGUAGAGUGGGAUAAGCUCAAUAACUCAACAUCAUCCACGAAUUCACCUACGAGUAGUUCGACGCAGACAUCGACAUCGACAUCAGAAGUACCGACUGACACGGCCUCGUCCACGCCUUCUGGUGGUAAUGGCGGCGGCGGCGGCGGACUCUCAGCAUCUCAGAAGGGCGGAAUAGCAGGCGGGAUUGUGGGUGCCGUCGCGGUGACGAGUAUAAUUUUCCUGGUGUUUUUCUUCUUACGGAGACGGAGGUCGAAGAGGGCAGCGGCGGCAGCGGCGGAGGAAGUGCAGGAAGCGGAGGCUGCUAAGCGAGAGGGUGGUGGGGGGCAAGGAGGUGAGGCGGUUGAGAGGACUGCAACGACGACGACGACGACUGGUCCUGAGAGUCCUGGCGUAGAGGCGGCGAUGCUGGCGUCGAGAGAGAAGCUUGAGCUGGAUGCGUCGGGGCGCGCACUGCAUGAGAUGGAGACGCCGGCGACAGCGACGACGGCGAACUUGGACGAGAAGGCCGCGGUGCUGGCGGCUGAAACGAAGCAGGCCGAAGCGACAAGGUUGGCGGAGCUGCCUGGGUCUUUGGCGGUUGCAGAGAUGCCUGUCCCUGAAGAGAAUGCGGACAAACGUGACGGGGAACCCGGAGUAAGACGGGAUUAA